UUUCAGCUUCGAAAACAACGCAGGACUGGAAAAAAUUAAUGCUUGUAUCUAAUCCGAAUUACCUCACCCCAGUUGCUUUCCCGCUGCUUCACUGAUCAUAUAUCCGCACCAGAAACGUUAAAAUGAUGGAUUAUGCGGACAGCAGGUGCAGAUGGCAGCAGGACUUGUAGCCAACAGGAAGAGCUAGCCUGCUAGCUUUGUAACCAAUUUCACUAAAGGACAAAUCGAUCGGAAAUUUUGAAGGAAAGCCCGUCAGAUGCAGUGGGGUAUUUUCCCGAUUCUUAAAAUGGAUCCCAACUACUGUUACAGUCGUUGCGAGAGCGAUUGAAACACUUCUCGAUUGAACCUGCGUUCCAGACGGCCUAAAUGAUGCCUUCGGAGGGCACUUCUAAAGGAUUGCAGUCACUAUGGCCAUGCUGCAGUGUCAUUCCAAACAGAAUUUCUAAUAAAAAUGACUCUAAAACAUGUUGAUGGUGGGCGACCAUGGAGGGAUCCUAUAGAAUGAGUGUGAGAGAGCUGUGUGAGACAGAUGAUCUGGCCACGAGUCUGGUGCUGGAUCCCUUACUGGGGUUCAGCACCCACAAGAUGAACAUAAGGGUCAGAAAUGAAGGGGGGCUUGGGGUACAAAUGCCACUGAAAUUGAAAUUGUGGGGGCAAAAAGUUGCACCCCCAGAGAUCCGGCGAUGGGGCUACCUCAGAGAAACACUACUGCGGUUCAAACGUACACAUGACUUCCAGGCUACUUUUGAUGCUCUGCUGGAUGGGGAAUGGGUCAGUGACUAUUUCACUGGGCUGGGUUCACACCGACAGGAGUUGUUGAAGCAGCAUAUGUACCGCUAUAUGACAGCAUUUCUGUUGGACAGUGGAGUGAACAUAGAGCCGUGUAACCGCUAUUCCUCAGAGACAAAUGGAGCCAAAAUCACAUCCACCCGACACUGGUUUGUGGGAGAGCGGUUGGAGGUUCUGCAGGGCUGCAUCGCUGAGCUGAGCCCUGAAGACAGUGCAGUGCUGCGGGCAGGAGUCAAUGACUUCAGUGUCAUGUACUCAACACGCAAGAGAUGUGCUCAGCUUUGGCUUGGGCCUGCUGCCUUUAUUAAUCAUGACUGCAGACCCAAUUGUAAGUUCGUCCCUGGAGAUAAGAACGGAGCUUGUGUUAAAGUGGUGCGACCCAUCUCACCGGGGGAAGAGAUUACCUGUUACUAUGGGGACAGCUUUUUUGGGGAGAAUAAUGAAAUGUGUGAAUGUUGCACCUGUGAGAGGAGAGGAGAGGGAUCUUUUGAGAAGAGAGACAAGUUGCCAGACUUGGUUUGCUCCAGUGAUCCUUCGGGACAGAAAUACGAGUUCAGAGAGACUGAUCUGAGGCUUAACAGAAAAUGGGGAAAUGGCACUCCAAAGACAUUUCUCACAGUAUCACAUUCAGUCUUGCCAAUGAGGAAUAUGUUUUCCCAGCGGACAAAGAGGAACGCCCUUGUUUUGAGCAGAAAGAUGAGAAAGACUGGUGGGCAGAGGAGGGAGGAGCUUCGCAAACAGGUGGAGAAGAAGAGGCAAAACCUUUUAUCAUCUUUGUCUCACCAUGGUCUUAAGGAGCUAAGCGUUUGCCUCUAUCAGCACAGUGUAAAUUUCUUGCUAAGCUGUAGGAACCCCACAAGCAAAGAAAGGACCCUGCUAUACCUAAUUGAGAAGGAGCGACCACAACCUAAGAAUAUCAAAAGGAACAACGAAUCUGUCCCUCCAUCACCCAGUAAUGUGAACGGAAACGGACCAGAGGAGAGAAAGGAUAAGGAUGGAGACACGUUAAAUAGAGACUCUGUCAUUAGGUUCAAACCAUUUACUCUUGGAUGCGUUUCCAGAGUCCCGGAAAGAGACGGCAUGAAAGCCAAGGGACGUAAUGUUGAUGCGUCAUCUGUCAGAAUUGUUCACCAGAUGGCCAUUUCCUCAAGGAACAGGAAUAUUCUUCGUAGUCGUCUAAGCAGUCUCAGAGCAAGCAAUCGAUCUAAACUCUCCUUAUUCAAUAAAAAACGGACCAGACUGAUCAAGCGAAACUCUAAACUCUCUACAGGUGGAAAGGAAUGUUCUGUUUUGCAGACAAAAGAAGGGAGACGGCAAAGAGGAAGUGAGGUUGAGUCCAAGAACAUGUCCAGUUCUGUUUUAACCCCUGGUAAACCAAGUACUGAUAAACAUAAACACAUCGGAGAGACUGGAACUAUCGGUGACAAAUCAUCACAAGCAGAGAGCACAGUGAUCAGAGAGGCGCAGCAGAGAUUCUUUAGGGAUCGCCUCAGGGUGGUGGCUGGUGGCAGGAGACACAUCAGCGGUUCCAGUGCUACUAGGGAAGGUGAUGUUAGUUCUUGUGUAGCUUUAGAUACCUCAGGGGAUAACAGGCAAAACCACAGGCAGUCUGUCACUUCUAGCACUGUAAGCAUUACUCCGUCCUCGCCUUCACCAUAUUAUCAUAAUCCUGUCUCUCUCCUCUCAGGCUCAAAUCAUUACCUCAGAGUCAGUCUGGUCAGGGUAGCUAUCCCAGGUGAAGCCAAGGCUGAAAGUACAGGUCAGGGGCAGGCAGACAGUGGAGGAGACAAGGGUAUCACACCACCACCAGCAGCAGCAUCAGUGCUGCAGAGCACAGAGUUAAAUGGGAGCAAAGAUUCCAAUAGACAAGGUAAGAAGGGUGUGAAGGAGAUGUAUUUCACACCAGUAAAUAUGGAGAGUGCAGAUAAGUACUUGAAAGUAACAUGUGAUUUAUUACCAUGUGCUUCAGAGAUAGGCAAAAACACAAUUAAAACGCAACCGGUUGUGAAAAAACUUGUAGAUGUAUGCAGGUACGGUAGCCACAGUGAGCAUGAAAUUGAAGGUAAUCAAGAUAGAGAUAAUGACAUUGUAACGGUUGCAUCUGUUGAGGUGACUGUUUCAAAAAAUUCAGAAGAUGCUACAAGACAUAUACUUGAGAAAGAUUUAAUAAAGCAAAAAAGUGCAUCCAAGGAUAAAAAACAACCAAGUGUUGAGAGCAUACCUGAAGUGCAAGGUAAGAAAGAGAGCAGUGGUAAGGUAAGUGUUGAAGCAAAAGAUCUGAAUAGGAAAGAAUUAUCAGUGCAUUUUGAGAGCAAGACAGUUGUCAUCAAAGAGGCAAGGGUACUGCUUUCAGAUAUUAGAAAGAGUUCAAGUGGCCAGUUUAGCCAGCAAAAUAAGGAUGCUAAUGUAUGCCACCCUGCACUUUUGAAGUGUCCAUCCAGUUACAAGAGUAAAGUAGCUGUUAAUAAGCAGACGUCUUCUGCCAAAAAAGAGAUGAAGGACAUGGACAAACAUAAUGCAUUCAAUAAGAAAAAUGAGCACCCUAUACAUGGUGUCAUUCCAGCUGAUCAACCAAAUAUCAGGACGGUCCAAGUGAGACAGACAGAAAAAUGUUUGCUUUCCUCAGAGCCUCUCUCCAUGAGCAGGGUGUCUCUGGAUAACAGUCCCCAGAGCAAUAUUCCCCUAAAGAAACGUGCAUUUCGAGAAUCGCUUGAUACAGACCCAGAUCAGGACAACAGUGUUCCUGCAGCAACACAAUGCACAGAUGUCAAUAAUGACACAGAACCCAAGCUGAACAAUCUGUCACACAAGCCAAACGACAACAGCAGUGUGGAGACAAAAGAGCAGAAAUGUCCAAUAUCAGAAUCAAGCGCAGCUCCCAGAGACAAUGUUGGUGUUGGAUCAAAAAAGAGUGAUUCAUCCAGAUUGAUGAAAACUUCAUCGAAACGCUGCAGGGGUCGUCCGAGUGCUCAGCCUGGAACAGUACAAAGCAAAACUAGAGCAUAUGGGGAUAGUACAAGUAAUGCGAAUGUAGCUGAGAGAAAAAUCACUGAAUCUAAGAAAUUAGCAUCCAGAAUUGAUGAAAAAGUGGGGUGCAAGACGAGCGAGAUGGAGGGGAAUCAAGCAGAAAGUGAGGAAAAAGUAGGACAAACAGUAGGACAGACAACAGGAGGGUCAGAGGGCUGUGAGGUAAUGGAUAAUACAGCAGCUUACAUUACAAAUGAGUCUACCUCAAAUGUUUCUGAUGAGACGGAGGAAGAGCAGAAGUUAAACAUCAGAAUCCGCCUUAAGAGGAAAAGGGGAAAACAGUGGGAAAGAGAGAAUACAAAUGAACCAGAAACUGUUGUGGACAAAUCAAGCCCACAGCAACGCUUGGUUGCAGUUGACCCUUUUAGGGCCAUUUUGGAUUCUGUCUCUAUUUUAAAUGCAGAAAUGGAGAGGAUUCAGGGUCAUGGCGAGGCAGAUAAUGGCUUAGGUUUGGAGAAAGCCACCAAAGCAGUCCAAGAUGUGCUAGAGCAUUGCAGAAUGGAAUAUGCACCCAAGCCAAGAAAGAGACAACGAAAAGUUAACAUACCAAAAGAAAUUGUUCAAGACAGCCAUGAUGUUACAGAAGAGAAAAUACAGCAAAGCCAACCUGGUCUAAAAGUUGAGGUAGACAUUGAUGACAUUAAACCAUUACCUCCAAUUCGAUUGUGCAGGAAGGCUGAAGGCAAAUGGGAGGUGCAGUGGAAGGAAGCUCAGAAACAAGAUGGGAAAAUGCAAACGAAAGAUUCUGCACGCAUAGAGCCAAAUAAAUUAACAUCUGUCCCUUCUAAGAUGGCAAUACUGGAACAAAUGCCUCACAGCAAAAUUAAAGAAGAAAAUGUAUCCCCUUGCCAGGAACGGAUGGCAGUGCCGAGUUGUAAUAAGGGUACAGAUGCCUAUAAAGAUCCACUGAGUUUUGAGGCUGCACCUCAACCAUUAUCCCUUUCACCUUUGUCACUAUAUUCCCCUUGCUAUGAGGGGAUGACAGGAGUUUAUGUCGGUGGCAGUAUUCAAGAAAAAGAGGAUGUAAGAGAGCAAACAGUUUCAGAGAAUAUUGACAGGAAUGAUAGUCUUAAGACUGGAGUUAGUAGAACUGAGAGUAAAGGAACAAAUGAUGCUUCCUUGAGUCACAAUUUACUUCAGAUUAAUAAAAGUCUGUCAAAACUGCAGGCUCUGAGUCAGCCACAGGUAUCUGAAAAAUGUGAGCCCACUAACACCAGUGUAACUACUACUCAGAUUCAGUCUCCUCCCAUCUCUCCCUUCACCACUGAGUGCAGCUUUAGUAAUUAUUCAGAGGAUGUCCUUGACUUUCCAUGUUUAAAUCUUGAAAGCUACGAUCAAAUGGCAGCUCAAAACAGCUUGGCAAGCUCUUUGAUGGACUACUGUUCUGGUGAACCACAUAAUACGGGGUCCUUCACCAGCCCCUUCACUCAAAGUCCCACAGAUGCAUGGAAUCCAGAGACACCUUACCUAGGAUCCCCGAGCCCAGUGAGUAACUUUAGUAAUGAUGAAGAUCUGAGCUUCCCGGAUCUUGUCUUUACACAAUCUGACACAUUCUCAUCGAGCAGUGGUCCUCACCUGCUCUUCAAAGAUAAAAUAUGUAAUGCAGCCAUGAGUUCUGCUCCUCUUCAAGGCAGUGAAAAAGAUUUGUACUUGUCUGAAAGUGAUUUGUCAAAAAGUCCCACAGUUCUCCAGGUCCAGGAAGAUUCAGCAACACAAUUUCACCGGAAAGACUUGAUAAUGUUUAAUAAUGAAUCUACAAAUGCUAAACAGUCAGUACACUCAACUGCACAUUUACAUCCUCAGGAUAAAAAGUUCAAUGUCCUUGAUUCCAUUGUUAGCACAAAGACUGUUUCAGCUGAGUCAUGCUUAAGUAAAAUCCAGGAUAAAGACAAAACUCAUGGACCUCUUAACUUAAGCUCAAAUAAUAAAACCCAACCUGUCUUUCCGAGCCAGUCAACACAAAGCCUGCCCGAUGCUGGAUCUCGGAGUAACUUGGUUACACCCUUCCAUUCUCUUCACGUAGGAAAUAAGUCCACCUCACUUGCUGACUUCCAAGGGACGUUCAGCCCUGGUAAUGCACUUUUCCGCAGCUAUGACAAGAAGCUUCCAUUUUUCCAGAACCCAAAGAAUGUCAUGAAAACUGAGGCAGGUCAGAAUUCAUGUAGAGUUUCUGCGGCUGCCAGCAGCCAAAAAUCUAGCAACAGCCUGGAAAGCACCUUCACUGGUCCAGGGCCAUCCAGUUCUCACAGUGGAAAAUAUUCUCCAGCUAAAUGUCCUAAUGCUGGAUUUUCAAGAUUGUUUGAAAAUCUACAGAGAAGCUCCAAGAACACCUCAUCAAAACCUGUUAAUCCUUGCCAGCAAAGUGAUCGCAUUCACCCGGUCUAUUUCCUCAGCUCUAGCAAAACCACAGUGAAUGCUUUCAAGAACAUUCCAGGUAUAAAGCCCAAAAUCUCACAGAUUGACAAAGAUCCAUCCUUGCCCUCCAAAUUUGUAUUUUCCUCUACUCAAAAUCCUCAGUGUUACAGUACACCACAGAGCAAAAUCUCAAAAUCUGUGAAGCCCCAUGCUGUUGUGGCUCCCACUCAAAAUGCUCAACUUUCUGGAGUAUCUACUUCUGUUCCUAAAAAUCUGAUAUGUCAGAAUGUUUCUCACUGUGAUUCUUCUGACUUCAACUUCAGCUCCUCCCUUUCACCUGCUUUGUCACAGCACAGCAGUCCUCAACUAGGAUACAAGGAAUCGUCAACCCAUGAGGUCCCAGGGACUAAAUCUCAGUCAGCCACCUUUACACACAGUCAGCCUCCUCACCAGUCUUAUGUUGUAAACUUUACAGGAGAUCAUUCUGUUACAUUGGGGUACAGUGAUGAUGGUAAAUGCUUGAAUUACACUGGUUCAGGGCCUACAAAUUACACCUACCAUUGUCUCAUGGAGCCUUCUGGAACCCAAGGAAGGCUGGUUGUAGAGGCAUGUGGUCCCUCAAAUGUCUCACCUUCUCCCUCUGUGGGUAGGUUUGCUGGGUCUAAAGUCCAUGGAGGCCAAACUGGUAAAGACCCACAGCAGCAGGGGCAGCCUGGAAAUCACCCAUACAAUUCUCUACACUUUUCCACCUCCCACUCGCAAAGCACCCCCAUAACGGAUCGCAAGCCUAAGAGACUGAGGCUUGUGGUGACUGAUGGUACAGUGGAUCUGGACCUACAAUAUACUGAUUAAUAACGAUUGUUUGUCAUUGCAAUGCUGACAUAUUCACCGAUCAGCCACAACAUUAAAACCACCUGCCUAAUAUUGUGUAGGUCCC